UGCCUGACCCCCACCACGGUAGUAGCGGGGGUUCGUCCCCCGCGGAUGUCGAUCGACCAAGGAUAGUUCGUAGUCACUACUAUACGAUACCCACCGUAUCUCGUGCUUUCCGCGCUUCGUUGGUUCGCCUCGAUGGAUCGCGAGCGGUGGGACGUGCGCACCCGGACACUCGCGCGCAGCCGCCGACCAAUCGAACGUGCUUGGUGGGGGGUUGUGCGCAGACCGAAACCGAUCGAGUUUCCUUGGACACGACGGACGGACGCGAAGGCAAAGCGGGAAUCCGGUAUUGGCAUGGAAGUGCAUGGAAUGCGGAAUAUCGAUUAAUGAUCGAUCGUUCGAUGGAUGGAUUGGGAUGGAACACGAAUCUUGAUAGGUGGGGGGGUCGCCAACGAGCGUUGACCGUGAAUGGCGUGAGUGCGCGUGCGCGUGUGCGCGUGAACUCCCAACGAACAAUCAACGCGUCGAUCCCUCCCUACUCCACAUCGAUCUACUCGCAGUCACUCGUAUCGUACGCACCAUUGGAAAAUAGCACGUCUUGCGGAAGCCUGGCCGUUCGAAUGGUAACCUUACGUCAACGCGUCCCGAAGACUCCACCGCCGCCGCCGUCGCUGCCCAUCGUAAGCGGCACGGCACGUACCCAGGCCCGUCAGCAAGCGCAACUCCUGCAACAGAAGCAACAGCAAGCGCUGGAUCGUCAAAACGCCCUUCGAAAGGAAAAAUUGGCUCGCCAAGCGGCCAAAAAGGCGGCUCAACAAGCCGCGAAGAAUGCACGGAAACCGGCAAAUCGCCGAAACAACCAAACGAACCCGCUCGCCUUGACCUGUCCACAAACAAGUCAACCUGUCUGGCUCGUUACCGCCACCCUCACCGACAUUAAGACGGCGCGUCAAAAAUCUCGACCGCCCUACCGUUCGGAUCGCGCCUAUCUCGUCACGGUGGCCUCGCCUGCCACAAGGCAAGCCGUAUACAACGUUACCGCCGACGCCUUGGCACAAUUGGAAACCAAUAUGUUACCCCCCUACGGCUCCCGUCCCUGGAAAGUCGUCGUGAAAGUAUCCGAUCCCACGAACAACAGUAUCAACAAUGCCAACAACGCAUCCGCCAAGAAAGCAACCACCAAGAGUCCCUAUUUUGUAUUUUCUCCAUCCGGACGCUUGAAGUUAGCCUCCUUUGCCCAUUUCCUCGAAAAAAUCCCGCAGCCCCCAAAGUUUCCCGGUUACAGCAGCGGCACCAAUGCGAACAGUCGACGUCGAUCCCAACAGUCCGGUGGCACCGAUCUGGAAGAAGACGAAUCUCACGAGAGUACUACCGUAGAAGUAGCAGCGGAUAUGAACGAGCACGAUCAAGCUGUCGCGGCCUUGUUGGAAGAGGAACAUGAUGUCGACGGUUUGUGCGCCCUCGCCUUGGAGGAACGCUGGCGGGUUCCUUUGCCGACGAUUUCGUUGCGUUGGAUAUCGCCACUCCGCGAAUCCUUCUCCACACGUAAAUCAGCCUGGGAACGAGCUGUGCAGCUAUGUCGGGACGAAACGUUGUUGGACAAGGUGUUGGAAGGAUACGGGGCUAAUGGGAAGCCGAUCAAGCUGGUGGUACCGACCAAAAGGAUGGCCCUCCAAGCCGGAAAGCUACGCUUUGUGCGAGAUGGACUGUGGGUGGUGGGUCAGGAAGAAGCGUGGCAGUGGCAACGAAGGUUGGAGAGCGAGACGCUUACACCAACCACAAUAUUAUCCAAUGGAGGGAACGACCGGAAGCAGAUGACCGUUUCAGGAACCGACGGAUCGAGCACAAAAACGACUCAAGGUCGUGCGCCGACGGCAUUGGUAUACUUUCUUCAGAGUCGGCGCAAGAUGCACCAGCAAGCCCGUCUCGCCGAACUCAGGGCGGGGCAGGAAACGAAUUUGUCGGCGGAAAUGGAUACAACAAUGAAAGUCGUGGGUGGGGCUCCACCAUCCGAAAAAGCAAAAAUCUCGUUUACACUGCGUGAAGCGGAAAGCGAGUUACGUGGUGUUUGGAAAGCAAUCCUAUGGCAAGGACCAUCUAUGUCGGAUGGCAAGCCGCAAGACACGAAGGUAUUGACAUCAACGGCGGAGACAACCGCAGCUGCUCCUGCUCCCGAUGAUGAUAUCUGCACGUCGGAGAACUUUUUUACAAAGGAUGCAGGAAAAUAUUUGGACCGGCAUUGUAUCGACGAUCAAAUCGUUUCGCCAGUGUCACCGUCUCCUAUCAGUCACGAAAAGAGUAGGACAACCUCGUCUUCCUCGAGUCUGGCGACAGAAGAGGACAGUCUUGUCGAUACUGAGAGCGUCGCGAUCAAACUCCAACAAGCGGCACCCCUGUCAACGACGAGUUGUUUGGAUGCCACCCAAAGUAUUGCAGCGACGGAGCUUGUUGUGAAAAGGUCAUCCAAGGUAGAAAAAAUCAACUCUAAUGAUGACCCAAAAACAGUGGAUGCUUCCAAGAUGGUUUUUGUCGGUCCGUCCGCAACGUGGAGACUAUGUCCCGAGCAAGUCAAAAGAUGCUAUGAUGCCGGGCUAGAGCACUACGAUCGUAUCUUCGAGACGGUUCGAGCUCGCGAUUUGUGGCGAGAAUUGCAGGACGGUUUUGAUCUAUUGAGAGAACGCGGACGUGGUCGAUUUGAUAUGGAGCUACCAGUGUUUGAAACACCAGAGUUCGAGUUUCUGACAAGCAUUAAAAAGGCGCCGUGGAUGUCGAUUGUUCGAGAGAUUCUCGGGAAGGAUGUCGUUUUGAUUCACAAAGGAAUAUUCCUAUCCUUACCUGGUUCGGCUCGUCAGGAUUACCACCAAGACGGUGUGCACUUGACAACACAAUACCAAAAGCCUUGCCACGCCAUUAAUGUCUUUGUGCCAUUGGUUGAUUUGACGCCGAAACUUGGACCGACCGAGUUCUGCCUGGGGUCUCACAUUCUUGACAACGAAGCAUGGGACAGGGAUUUUUGCGAAACGCCGCUGGUGGCGGCCGGUACCCCCGUUAUCUUUGAUUAUCGAUUGGGGCAUAACGGCUUGGCAAACACCAGCGACACUUCUCGCCCUAUUCUAUAUUGCACCUACGCAGCUGCCGCGGAUGGAAAAGAGUUUAAAGACUCAGUAAAUUUCUCGCGCAAACGCUAUCACAAAAUCGGAGACCUAGUCGACAAAGUUCCGUCUCGACAAGAACGCGCGAGGAAACGUGUGCGGGCAGUCGAAGAGCAGCAACUUACAGAAGCAAUCCAAGAAUCGACUUUAAGUAUGCCAGAGAAUCGGACCAGCAUCAAUACCGAACCUGCCCAAACGUCCAAAUAUCUUCGAUCUGAAUCGUCCGCGUAG